AUGACCCCCAAGGCGGCCGGCGCGCGCCCUGGCGUCAGCAGCCAAGGUAUGGUCGUCAACGGCCUCGUUUAUACCUCCGGCGCUAUUGGAAAGAGCCCCGAUACUGAGGAUUUUGUCAAAGGUCCUAUCGAACAGCGAACUCACCAGUGUAUCGCGAACCUCAAAGCAAUACUUGAAGCUGCUGGAUCGAGUCUUGACGAUGUCAUUGAAGUCAAUGUCUACAUCACCGAUAUGGACGAUUUCGACAGGGUGAACGCAGUCUACAAGCUGUAUUGGGGCUCCAUCAAGCCGGUGCGAACAUGUGUUGGCGUCAAAAGCCUGCCGGGCUAUACUGACGUCGAGAUCAAUCAUCUGCGCCACAGGCUUCGCAAAACCUCAUUCAAUUCCACGCGAUGGCUAGUGCACGUGACGCUACCCAAGGGCCAGGGUCACGAUCUUCGAAUGCUUGCGAGCGAUAAAGUCACAUGCAGCUUCACCAGCAUUGAGAGAAAACUGUAUUCCGAAGCCUAUGUCAAGGGGCUCGUAGAAACCGUCAAGCGAUAUGAGCAGCGGAUCAAGCAGCUAGAAAGUGGCGAAUUGUCCAGAGCUGCCGAAGGAUCUGAGGACAGCAUCAAGGGUGAUACUCCAGCAUCAAAUCAAACCUCUGUCUCCCUGACAUCACAAGCGCCGUCACAACCAACCAUUCCGCCAAGUCCAACAAAGCCCUCGGGUGCUGGCACUCCAAUUGAGCAAGCCUCUGGCCCAGCUUUUGAGUCGCGCGUGCGAUCACUUUUCCACUUGAAAAGGGACCACGAUUUCCACCAAAAUGCUGCAAAGAACCGCGAAGCUCUUGGCGGCCAGGAAAAUACAGGGUGGUUUCCCGACAUUGACCUUGUGGUAGAGACAACGCCGCUGGCGAUCGUCCCGGAUGAAGAGGAGUCUCGACGCCUACUGGACCUUUUCCUGUCCUACCACGGAACCAUACAGCAUUUCAUGGACCCCCGGGCGUUCUCGGACUCUCUAGGACUGUUCUUCCAAAGUGCUGAGUCCCGCCAGAUUCAGGAGUCGUCAUUGUGGUACACACAGUAUCUGUUAGUGAUCGCCAUGGGCAAGCUGAUGGACCAGGACACGGCUUCGCAAGGGGACAUGCCUGGCGCACCGUACUUCUCCGAAGCUAUGCGAAGACUUCCAGCAGUGCAUCGACUGGGGCGAUGUGGCGUACUCGCGGUGGAGAUCUUGUGUCUGGCCACGGCGUAUCUCAAGUGGUGCAACAGAAGACAUGAUGCAUACCUCUUUGCUCUCAACGUCAAUGUGCGUCUGGCCCACACCACUGGGGAGAUCAUGGGAUCUGUAUCCGAAUCUGAGCUCGUACCAAAGAUCCAGAGCAUUCUCCAGAGUCUUCACGACAUUGAAAAGUCUAUCCCGCAAAAAUAUGCGUUGGACUUCGAAAGUAGCGAAUUGGAACUGUCGAGGACAUCAGCCACUCUAUAUCUGAUCCUAUUCCAAGCUGUCGUGCUUUGUAUACGCCCGGUAUAUCUGCAGAGAAUCAAGGCGAAAGUCGAAGCUAUCCCAGAAGGACAACUUGCGCCUGAAGUGCAAGCAUUGAGCGAAUCCUGCACAAAGGCGGCAACGCGGAGCAUCCGCAUAUUAGCAGCUUUGGAGCGACAAGGCCAGCUAGCUCGCUUCGGCUUCUUCGACCUUGAUGCUGCCUUCUGGUCGGCCUUUAUUCUCGUUAUGAAUGGAUUUGUCGAGAACACGCCGCAUCCUGCUACUGAACUUGCAGAGGCAGGCAAACUGCUUAGUUACUUGGCGCAGGGUGGAAACAAGACCGCCCUGCAACGGCUCGAAGACAUUAUGCACCUAUCAGAGUAUGUAUGGGAUGCCGAGGUAACGAAAGACACUUGGCAAGGUAUCGAUCAAAACGCACAGAAGCCCUACACCGGUGUUGGCUUCUCAUUUUACCAGAUGGAGGAGGAGCUCGAUCUGCAAUUCUUUGAUUUUGGCAUGGACAUUGAUGAGACACUCAACCCCGCAGCCCCUGGGCCCUAUCCAAGCCUUGGGGGUGCAGGUAUCUCGUCCUUGGGUGUUGACUCACUGAAUUGGGCACAGUUCGAGGAGCUGCUGGCCACGCGGCCUGCGUAG